GAAGGCCUGAGCUAGGAAGAUCUAAAGACAUUGAAAGAGAUAAAGAAAUUUAGGAAUUGUGUUAAUCUUAAUAGAGUUGACCCUUGCGAUCAUCAAAAGCUGAAGCAGAGACCAGCGUUCAAAAUCCUCUCUAGUACGCGUCAAGAGUGGUAUGAAGUUUGCCUGAAAAAGAUCAUCAGAUUCAUCGGUGUCAUGCAGCCCGAGCGUCCUCAACAGCGCCGCAACCUUGCAGCUGUGCGUUGCCACGGUAACUGCUGCUAUAGACCCACCAGCGAAGAAGAAAAAGGCGGAAGUCCGCGUGGCUUCAAGACAACACAAAGACAGUGCGACGGCGACCAGAACAAUGGCGUCGUACGAGGCGAACAUGCGACAAGGAAAACAACUGGAAGCUGAUGGCGAAAAUCACGUCGUGUUGUACAGCAAAGACAUCCAGGAUUUGAUUGGUGAUCAAGAAGAAAUUCCUUCUCAGCCGCACUGGCGGGGCUCCAAUUUGGAGUUGGAGGAUCCACAGAUCCCGCACAUGAAAGAGGAAGAAGAGGAUCCACAGCAUCCACUUAUUAAAGAGGAAGAGAAAGUGUUUGAUGUCAGCAAGUUGCCACGGACUGCUGUCUCUGUUAAGAGUGAAGACGAUCAUGAAGAGUUUUCACAGCUUCAUCAUCGCAGUCCAUGUGGUGGAGACCACUUUGGAGAACCACCACCAGACAAACUCUUAGCCCCACUGUCAGACAGUGAUGACAUGGAAGAACCUUUGAGGAGUGACACAGACUGUGAGGGUGACCACAAUCCAUUGACAUUUUUUGAAAAGAGGACAACUCUUGGCAACAAGGAAACCUCCCAAAUGCGUAAACAUGUUACCUGCUCAGUUUGUGGUAAAGGUUUUGUUACAAAUCAUAUGAUUAGACACAUGAGAACACAUAAAGGAGAAAACACCUUUAUUUGUUCAUUGUGUGGUAAAACAUUCACUCUGAAGUCAAACAUGGUAUCACACAUGAGAAUACACACAGGAGAAAAACCCUUUUGUUGCCCAAUUUGUGGAAAGAAUUUCACUCUAAAGCCAAACAUGGUAAAACACAAGAGAACACACACAGGAGAAAACCCCUUUCAUUGCUCAGUAUGUGAUAAAACAUUCUCUCAUAAAUCAUACAUGGUAUCACACAUGAGAACGCACACAGGAGAAAAACCCUUCUGUUGCUCAAUAUGUGGUAAAACGGUGACGCUAAAGUCAGACAUGGUUAAACACAUGCGAACACACACAGGAGAAAAACCUUUUCGUUGCUCGUUGUGCGAUAAAACAUUCUCUCAAACAUCUCACAUGGGCACACACAUGAAAAUACACACAGGAGAAAAAACAUUUUGCUGCUCAAUUUGUGGUAAAACGUUCACUCAAAAGCGACUCAUGGUGGCACACAUGAGAACACACACAGGAGAAAAACCAUUUAGUUGUUUAGUUUGUGGUAAAGCAUUCUCUCAAAAGCCAAACAUGGUAGCACACAUGAGAACACACACAGGAGAAAAACCUUUCAGUUGUUCAGUUUGUGAUAAAACAUUCUCUCAAAAACAAAAUCUGGUCUCACACAUGAGGAUACACAAAGGAGAAAGACCUUUUAGUUGUUCAGUUUGUGGGCAAACAUUCUCUUUAAAACAGAAUCGUGAAACACACAUGAGAACGCACACAGGUGAAAAACCAUUUAGUUGCUCAUCGUGUGCUAAAACGUUCUCUCAAAAGGCAGGCAUGAUAGCACACAUGAGAGCACACACGGGAGAAAAAGCUUUUCGUUGCUCAGUUUGUGGUCAGUCAUUCUCUUUAAAACACAAUCUAGUGACACACGUGAGAAUACACACAGGAGAAAAACCAUUUAGUUGCUCAGUGUGUGGCGAAAACUAUGCUCAUAGGACCAGUUUGACUGUACACAUGCGGACACACAACAACUGAGAAUAAAACAUUUGCAGUAGUGUCCCCACAAUAUUGCGGCAACCAGAUAACAUAUUGUUUGAAUCUUAUUCUUCCAAAGAGCAAAUGUAAAUGUUCUCAAAUGUUAAUAUCCCCCCCCCCCCCCCCCCCCAAAUUUUUUAAAUAUAAUUUCAAACUCACCUUACAACUUUACCCUAUAAAAGUAACUUCACAGAUGUUUUUGUAAAAUGCAUCAGAAAAAACAGUCACAUGCAUGGAAGACUCUCCGUAACUUCUGCUAAUAACCCAGCCUAAACUUAGUGCUCCCCUGCCCACCUUACAACGAUCUUUAUCUCUCAGUCAAAUGCAACACCUCCUUAACAACAUCUUGUGCAUGUGUGUAAGGGUUCA